AUGUCAGAAGGGUUAAUAGAGGACUUGAAGACAUCUGGACACCAAGCUGCUUCAGCUGAUCUCUGCUAUGCUGGACCUGAAGAUGUUUCCUGUGAUUUCUGCACAGGAAAGAAGCUGAAAGCAUUGAAGUCCUGUCUGGUAUGUUUGGUUUCUUACUGUGAGCAACACCUCCAGCCUCACUAUGAAUCCUCUGCCUUUGACAAACACAAGCUGAUCAAACCUUCCAAGGGGUUGAAAAGUAACAUCUGUUCAACUCAUAAUGAGGUGAAGAAGAUGUUCUGCCUUACUGAUCAGCAGUGUAUCUGUUAUGUCUGCUGCAUGGACAAACAUAAACGCCAUGUAACAGUUCCAGUUGAAGUUGAAAGGGCAGACAAAGAGAAAGACCUUAAGGUGAAUCUGCAGGAAGUGCAGAAGAAAAUUCAGACCAGAGUGGAGGAAGGUAAAGUCCUUGAGAAAGAGAUGGAGGGGAUCAAACUGUCUGCUGAUAAAACAAUUGAAGACUGUGAGACCAUCAUCAAUGAGCUGGUGAGUUUCAUCAAAGAAAAAGGCUCAAAUCUAAAGCAGCAGAUUAAAUCCCAGCAGGAAACUGAAGAGAGUCGAGUUAAAGAGCUUCAGAAUAAACUGGAGCAGGAGAUCACUGAGCUGAGGAGGAAAGAAGAGGAGCUGAAGCAGCUUUCAGACACAGAGGGCCACACUGAAUUUCUACUAAGUUACUCCAUGAUGUCAAGACUCAGUGAAUAUACAGACUCACCAAGCUUUAAAAUGUGUCAAGUUAAGUACUUUGAGGAUCUGCAAACAGCACUGUUAGAAGCCAGAGAAAAUCUCAAAGCAUUUCUAAGUGAGGAAUGGAGGAAGAUCAUUCUGACAGUGAGAUCAGUGGAUGUUUUAUUGCCACAAAUUGAACCUAAGACCAGAGAUGAGUUUUUAAAACAUUCAUUUCAACUGACGAUGGACCCAGAUACAGUUCACAAAAAACUCUUCCUAUCUAAUCAGAACAGAACCGUAUCAGACAAUGCUCCAAAUCCAAAUAUCUAUCCUGCAUAUAAAAAAAGGGACAGGUUUUCCAUCCAGCAGCAGGUCCUGAGUAAGGAGAGUCUGAUUGGACCUUGUUACUGGGAAGUGGAGAUGAAAGGGAGAGGCCUUUCAGUAGCCGUGACAUACAAGAAUAAAGAUAACUUGGAUCAAAGUGAUUUUGGAAGUAACAAUAAUUCCUGGGCAUUAGAGUGUUAUGGCGACUGCUACAAAUUCAGACACAACAAAAUCACAACUUCCAUCGCAGGCCCUCUGUCCUCCAAAGUAGGAGUGUACGUGGAUCCCAGAGCCGGUAUUCUUUCUUUCUACAGCGUCUCUGACACCAUGGCCCUCCUCCACAGAGUCCAGACCACAUUCACUGAGCCGCUCUAUGCUGGACUGUGGAUUUGGAAGAGUUUUUGGGCAGACAACACUGCUACAUUUAAUGAGAUAAAAUAG